UCUAAAACUAGGCGUGGUUUAUCCAUCGAUCGGCCCCUUCCCGGGGCUCACAUGACUUGGGUGUAAAAACAUCAGCACGGAAAGGAGUUUCUAUUGUUUCGCCGGCUUCAACAUGACAAGUGUCAAGUGUUAAGCCUCCUGUGCUUCUACCUCCAAUAAACCCUAUGGAAUAAGAGUUUAUAAUAACAAGACGUCCCGGGCACCAUGGUUCACUGACAUCGACACAGACUGAAUAUUUUCCCGGAUCCAGCCGCCUGCCAUGCCGCCACCCGAUGGCUGCUCCAUCAACUCAGCCGCUUCCGAUGAGAGUGAGGACAUCGAACCUCUCAUCGGGAGUGAUGAAAUUCCUCCUCAGUGCUGCUCGGCCCGCUUCAACCUCGCCUUCCUGAUGUUCCUCGGCUUCACUGUGGUCUACGGUCUCCGUGUCAACCUCAGCGUCGCCAUGGUAGCCAUGGUGAACAGCACGGACCCAGAUCCAGACGGAAACCACUCCGUCACCAACGCCUGUCCACCACCAUCAGGACGCGAGAACACUAGCAAUAAUUUCCAGCAGCCUGCCGGGGUCCCUCACUACAACUGGGACUCUGAGACUCAGGGCUGGCUGCUCGGGGCUUUCUUCUUCGGCUACCUGUGCACGCAGAUCCCGGGCGGCUACCUGGCCGGUCACUACGGGGGGAAGUUUUUCCUGGGUUUGGGUGUGCUGGGCACGGCUGCCCUCACUCUGCUCACCCCUCUCGCUGCCAAAUGGGGGUCGUACUGGCUGUUUGCACUGCGAGCUCUGGAGGGCUUCGGAGAGGGUGUGACGUACCCGGCGAUGAUGGCGAUAUGGGCUAGGUGGGCUCCUCCUCUGGAGCGCUCUCGCCUGAUUGCCAUGUCGGCGUCUGGGGGCAGCUUUGGCGCCUUUGUGGCCCUGCCGCUCACUGGCUACAUCUGCCAGAUGCUGGGCUGGCCCACUGUCUUCUACAUCUGUGGCGGUGCUGGUUGCCUCUGGGCAGUCUUUUGGUUUAUCUUUGUGUCAGAUGACCCUCGCAACCAUCGCCGAAUCAGCAAAGAGGAGCAAGAUUACAUCAUUAAAACCGUGGGACCACAGGGUACAGGUCAUGGCUGGUCCUUGCCUUUGCUGCACAUGGCGCUGUCUGUCCAACUGUGGGCCAUCAUCGUCACCCAGAUGUGCUCGAACUGGGCCUACUACACCCUGCUCACAUCCCUGCCCACCUACAUGGAUGUCAUCCUGCACUUCGACCUGCAGUCGAACGGCUUCCUGUCCUCUCUGCCGUACUUGGGCAGCUGGUUGAUGGCGUGGCUGUCUGGAGUCAUGGCGGACGCCCUCAUCGAGCGGCGAGUGUUCAGCGUCACUGUCGUUCGCAAAAUCUUCACGUUUCGCACUCUGGCCGGCUGGGCAAAAGUCUUCUGGGUUGCCGCUGGGAUCAACGCGGGCGGUGCCGUCAUUUACACGUUACUUGGCAGCGGCAAGCUCCAACCAUGGGCCCUCACUGAGGAGGAGCGAGCUGAAGCUGAGAGGAAGAGGAACAGGUCCAUCUCACAUUAA